AUGUUUACCGGCCUCGUGGAAAUUAUAGGGACUGUCACUGCCCUAGAGCAGCUUGACAAAACAGCGAGCGGAGGCGGCGGAACCUCGCUCACCAUCAGCGAUGCACAAGCCAUCUUGGAAGGCGCUCAAUUGGGGGACAGUAUCGCCAUCAAUGGAACAUGUUUAACUGUUACGGAUUUCGACAAGACUUCCUUCAAGGUCGGCGUCGCUCCCGAAACUCUCCGCAAAACGAACUUGGGCUCGCUCACACAGGGCUCCAAAGUGAACCUUGAACGCGCUGUUUCAGCGUCAACACGCAUGGGGGGCCACUUUGUGCAAGGCCAUGUCGACACGACCGCGACCAUAGAGUCUAUCACUCCCGACGGAAACGCGCUCACCUUUCGCUUCAAACCGCGCGAUGCAAACGUUCUUAGAUAUGUGGUGUACAAAGGAUACGUCACCAUCGAUGGAGCCAGUUUGACUGUGACAAAAGUGGAGGAUGGGCCUGAAGGCUUCUGGGAGGUCAUGAUUAUUGCCUACACACAAGAGAAGGUUGUUACGGCAUCGAAGAAGGUUGGCGAGGAGGUCAAUGUUGAGGUCGACCAAGUGGGAAAGUACGUUGAGAAGAGCGUAGCCGGCUACUUCGAAGGUACCGCAAAUGGCGAGUUCGCGAUCCUCGAGAAGAUGGUGUCGAAGCUGGUUGAUGAGAGACUGAAGGCGCUCCAAAAAUGA